GAGCUAUAGUUCGAUUAUCUCUCGUGGGUCUCCUUUGUUUGUCACUGGCUUUGGAUCUAUGACCGUCAAAAGAUUCUCUAGGAGAGACGGAGGUAGCAGCAAUGACGGUAACGAACAAUUUGGAGCGGUGGAGCAAGAAUCUUUCAUCAAUAACUCGUCGGAGAUCCGGAAAGACUUGGUCGCCGGCGGUGGGAUUGAAGCUAUUGUUAAUCGUCUGAGCAAAUGGGUUGUGUCUGCUUUAUUUGGUUCGAUAAUUCUUCUUCGACAUGAUGGUGCAGCCUUGUGGGCAGUCAUUGGAUCGAUUUCGAAUUCCGCUCUCUCUGUAGUUCUGAAACGUAUACUUAACCAAGAAAGGCCUGCUACAACAUUGCGAUCCGAUCCCGGGAUGCCAUCUUCUCACGCUCAAUCUAUUUCUUUCAUAUCUGUCUUUGCUGUUUUAUCCGUUAUGGAAUGGCUUGGAACCAACGGAGUGUCUUUGUUUCUUAGCGGCUUAAUCCUCGCAUUGGGUUCCUACUUUAUACGGUUAAGGGUUUCUCAGAAACUACACACAAGCAGUCAAGUGGUGGUGGGUGCCAUUGUUGGUUCUGUUUUCUGCAUCUUGUGGUACACAAUGUGGAACUCACUUCUUCGUGAAGCCUUUGAGUCAUCUCUACUAGUCCAAAUAUCUGUAUUUCUGUUUGCAGCUACAUUUGCGCUAGCUUUCGCAGCGUACGUUGUACUUAACUGGUUCAAAGACGACAGAUAAGCAAAACAAAGCUUUACUUACCGU